CGAUAAGGACGAACAGGAGGUCAUUAGAAAGCUGCCGAAGGCCAUUCAACGCCUGAAGCGCUUUGAUUUUAAUACAAUACUUAUCCUUACUACAAUUUACGAGGUCUAUGUCGAAGCUUGCCGGUCUACUAUCUUGAAUCUUGCCAGAGAAGGCCGAGUUGUUACGGUUGACGCCCAAAUGUAUUCGCGCAUAACAGAAAAAGGUAUUGAAUAAGAUCUAAUGGCAAAACAAUGGCCUCAUAUAGAGAAUUAUUAAAGGAGAAGGAAGCCCAGAACUGGGUAAAGGCCGCCUUCGCCCUCAACAUCACCAAGGACGGAUUACAAGAUUUCCUGGAGGAUGUGCUGACAUGCGUUCACCAGGACAUCUAUAGCACCGCUAGAACAUCCAAGGGUCUUCCAUCCGGGGCAACAUGCGCACAUUGUUUCACAGAAAACGUGUUGAAGUGCCCAACUCGUGGGAUAUGCACCAGUACUAGAAACUGUAGAUUUCAUCCUCAAAAACCGUACGCUCCUUGUCCAAAUGGGAUUUGUGAAGGCGUCCGUGAUGAAAUAGUCAAACAUCACAGGUUUUCGGGACCAUCAUGGAAGAAUACGAAUGCCGACAAAUGGAGCACCAUUCCCUGGGAGAUAGGCAAGUGUUUCCUGCCUCCUGAUGGCUACAAGACCGUGUCCUCCAUCAAAGACACUGACUUUAACGGAGUGAUCAGCGUCAUGAUAAAUUGCGAGGAUUUCAAAACCAAACUGUCGUUUAACGUUGCGACACAGCAAAAUUUAUUAACAGAGGUUCGGGACAUUGGUCGACGCGUACGCCAUUCCCAUGACCAGAGGGUCAAGGACACAGAACUAGUGGACUUCCUGUUCAAGCUCCGCACCCUGCUGGAGGAUAAGACUGAACUAGCAAACAGACCCGAAGCACAACAUGCUGUGGAACAGCUUAAGAAGCUGCAAACAGACGAUUUCAAGAUCAGUGCUGAGAACGAAGGGGAGAUAUUGAAGGAAGGAUUACGACUACGUUUGGCGAACCAUUACCGAACCACUUUGGCCGACAUGCCGAUAUCUCCCAUUCUCGGAGAAAAGAACGCCAAACUCAGGAAAUUCUACGUGGCACCGAAAAUUGUAGAGAAAGAUCAUCGAAAAAUCGGCAAAAUUGACAACAAAGAAAGCGGUAAAAAAAUUGCAAAAUUUUCAGAUGUUUUCAUAAAAGAAAUUCAGUUGCUCAGAAAUGUUUUCCUUGUUGGAGAACCGGGCAAUGGCAAAUCUACAUUCUCCGUAAUGUGUGCCCUGGAUUGGACUCACCAAUAUUUACCAGCGGAGGAAAACGUCGGUAUUAAAACAAGCUUUGCCGACCCAGAAUUCUUCAAAGAGUUUGCAUUUUUGUUCCAUGUCACCCUACGAGAUUCAGGUAAAACGUGUGAUCUAGCAGAAAUGAUCAAGGAUCAACUUAUACGUAAAAUCUACCACGAGAAGGAUGCCGAUGAUGGCUACCGGCUAUUACAGACGGUGCUGGAAAGUGAAACAUGUUUAAUCAUAGCUGACGGCCUCGACGAAUGGACCCAUCCGGAAAACGUAAACUGUACCUGCAAAACUGAGGAAAAAGUCACCCCUUUCCGAAAUUCGGCCAACAAGGCCACACUCCUCACGACAACGCGUCCCUGGCGAAUGUCACAGUUUAGAGUGCAGGAUUCAAAGAUCGACAAAUAUCUUGAAAUAGAAGGAGCAGCAGACACAAAGCAACUCGUGGAAAAUAUCAUCAACAUUCUUAAUGGGGGAAAUGAGGAUGAACGGACACCAGAGGCUUUCAUGGAAAUGGUGUCAGCGAAAGGUCUUACAGGAUUAUUGUCAGCACCUAUCAGUAUCACCCAGCUCGUGUGCCUGUGGUUCGAGGGCAAAUCGUUAACCGAUUCAAAGUGUGACAUUUAUGCUGGCGUGAUAAACAUGCUAUCAUGUAGAUGUAGUAAUAUGCAACGGAAGCAUAAAAUUCCGAAAAUAGAACUGCCAUCUGUAUUAAUGGAACAUGAAUGCUUCGUGCAAAAUCCCAUGGUUUACCUUGCGCUGGCAAAGUUAGCAUACACAACUUUGUAUUCAGAGUGCAGAGAUUCGUCUGUUGUUUUCAGCAACAAAACAGUCGACGAUUUGUUAAGCAGGAAGCAGGUUGAAUUUGCAUUGAAGUCAGGCUUACUCACAGAGAAGAAAUCCAACUCAUUAAUCAAGAGAUCAUCUCACUUUUCAUUCUUUCAUAAAACACUUCAAGAGUUUUUAGCGGCUCUUCAUUUAUGUUUAAAUGAAAACGACUUCAGUCAGCUAUCAAGCAAGUACGAACAAGAUAAUAAGGAAAAUAUCUUGGGAGAUGUUUCUCAGACAUUUAUUUUCAUAUGUGGAAUGAAGCCCGAGCUCGGUGUACAAAUGUCUUCAUGGAUCAAUAGUUCUAUACCAGACAUGCCUUCAUGGAUCAAUAGUUCUAUACCACCAUACCGACCAAUCUACAGUAGAGAGGCUAGACUACUUCAGGACCUGAUUCUCUCCGGACACCGUGAAGCCAGGGCGAACAACUAUGGUGACAUACUGCUCUAUCUCGCACACUUCUGGAUUAAUAUAUACAAGGAUGUCGUAGUGUUAAAAAAGCUGAUGAUGAUAAACAAGGAACGUAUUCAGGCACUAGAGAUCAUUGGAUGCAAUGAUCAAAUUAAUGGGGAAGAGCUGCAGGAGGUGAUCACAUCCUCCUCCGACUCCCUCAAAGCAGUGACACUGUGGAACCGUGAUGGGGAGUAUGACCUGUCCCAGUGUCACAGGCUGGAAUAUCUGCGUAUAGACGGAGACCAUACAACACGUGUGCAGGUUGAUCCAACACAUAUUACAACAUGUACCUUAUUGAGUGUAUCAUCGAAUGUUGAAAUGUACAUGUUUAGAUUAUUUAAACACGAUCAAAGGUGGAGUAAACUACAACGUGUUGAGUUAUGGAAAGUUAAGAAUGUCCAGUUACUUGUGGAUACACUACCAAGUCUCCCUCAGUUACAACACCUUGACAUAAAGAGUACAGAUCUAGGUGAGCUCCACCUCCUCCCUCCAGCCUCCAUCACCGAUAUUACACUUGAUGAUGUGACAAUGACAGCGGAGGCGGUGCGGAGUCUGAUAGAGACGAUGAAGAACAUACCACACACCAUUACAUGCAACAUGCGGGACUGCACGGUGAAACCUGCCAGUGAGAUGAAAGACAUCCGAGAACAUAUGAACAGUUCGCCGUCAUUCGAGGUUCUCGUAUUUCACAAUACGAGUGUAGGGCUUCAUUUCAAAUUCACCAAAAUGUGAACAAUAAGUUAAGUGUUAGCAUCGAUUAUGGAAUUCAUAUUUGAUGAAAAACAGUGAAACAAUCAAUGAAAGUGUCAUUCUAUUUAUAGAAAUAUAUGUUACUUUUCCGGGAACUAAUUAUUAUCAACCACUUUCUAUGUGUAUUCAGUUAAUUUGAUUUAUGUUGUGUAUUUACAUGCAUCCUAAAAUAGAUUUAUCUUGACAGAUGACACAGCAAUGUCGUUGUGGCUGGUGUUGUUAAAUAUAUCGAACUUGGAUGAAAACUUUCUUUUUUUAUUAUAACACAACAGUCCGUAAUCAACACGUGCAAUAGUAGGUUCAACUUGAUGGACAUUUUUUUAAAAGAAUCCCUCAAUAAAUCAACUAAUUUCCUAGUUUGAUGUGAUAUCAUUUGAUAAAUGUAAAGUACUUACUUCGCUAAGAGAUUAUUAAUUGAUAUGGAAUAUUUAACUUAUUUCUUUAUUCACAAUGUCAUUCUUGCUCAGCUGUUUUCAUAUUCUGUAUUAUAGAAAUGUAUCAAUAACACGUUGACUUUUUUAAUUUUUAUGAUCUAUUACAUAAAUUUUACAUUAUUAUAAUGCUAUCUACAAAACUAUGAUAUCAUUUAUGCACCAGUCAAUUGUAACCACGGCCCUCAGGUCCGGGGGUAUACCGGGGAAAGGCGGGGAAAUUGGCCGUGUUUUUACCUUCCUGGUGGCCCUGCAGUGCCGUGUGAGUGCGGUGGUUUUGUCUUCGCGCCAAAUAUAGCGAGGAAUUGGCUUUACCUAGGGUCUCUGGGGUGCGAGGGCAUUAAACGGGGAUCUUACCAGCAAUUCGUCUCCGCAAGACGGGGAUUUUACCCGGGCUUGGCAGGAACGGAAGUCCAAUUCCCCGCUAUUCCCCGGACCUGGAUGAGGGGCGUGGUUAUAAUUGACUGGUGCAUUAUCGACAAAUGCUUCAAAAGAAAUACCCAAACAAUAAACACAUUUAGUAACCUAACUGAAAGAAUAUACAAUGGCCUAUUAUUUAACAUGUCACACAAUUGGAGUAUUAUUGAUGAAGAUAUGAUUAAACGUUGAAAUUAU